GACCGGCGCUACCAGCCCCAUCGGCGCGGCCUGCUAUUGGCUGACGUGGGCUGGUGGGCGGGCCCUCGCGUGGGGGGCGGGAAGCAGGUCCGCUGUCACGCUCGGAGGUGCUGACCCUCUGGAGCCGCUGAGGGGGAAGGAAGGUGAAAAAGGAGCGCUAAAGAUUGGCGGGGGUUGUGGGAAAGCAAGCCGAGUGUACGGGAAGGGCCGGCUGCGGCCCGCCAUGUUUGAACCUGGCAAGAGCGAAAGAAGCCGGUUGGAAUGCCUUCUUCCUGCCCAAACUAAUAAAACCGCAUGCCUACCUUUUGCUUAGUAUUGGCUAGGGAUGACUAAUCAUAACAUUUGUAAGUACUUACGGGGUUUCCUCCAUGGAGACACAGAAGUCUGGGACGUUUCUAGAAGCCUGUGGCAAAUUUGAAAAGCAAGAUACAAAAUUGCGUAUGGAGUCUGAUUAUCGCUAUGUCAAUAAAUUUUCUUAAAAGAAAAAGCACUGAAAUAAAAUGGAAAUAAUAAUUCUUUUAAAAAUUUUUAAAAUUAUUUUUAUAGAGAUGGGGGUUUUGCCAUGUUGCCCAAGCAGGUCUCCAACUCCUGGACUCAAGCGAUCCCCCCACCCCCAGCCCCGUCUCCGCCUCCCAAAGUGUUAGGAUCACAGGCGUGAGCCAACGCGACCCGCCUGGAAAGAAUUCUAAAACAUGGCCUGCUUGGCCACUGCCCAGGAUCUGCAAGCUGCGCGCCCACAAGUUUCGGCACCCAUUUGGAUUUUCACAAUCGGAGAUGGCAGUGGUGAAGGCAUCAACAUCAAAAGCUACCAGGCCUUGGUAUUCUCAUCCAGUAUAUGCAAGAUACUGGCAACAUUAUCAUCAAGCAAUGGCUUGGAUGCAAAGCCACCACAAUGCCUACAGGAAGGCGGCGGAAUCCUGUUUCAGUCUUCCAUGGUUCUUCCUUCCUGCGCUUCUUCCCCAAAGCUCUUACGAUAACCAGGUUGUGUAUCCUCAGUCCUUCUAUGACCAUCAUGUGGCCUAGCAGGACUCCCCCUGCAGUUCUUCACAUUUCAGAGGGUCUGGGCAACAUCCACAUGGCAGCAGUAGGAUCCAGGCAUCCACAAGAGAAGACCAAGCUUUAUCCAAGGAGGAAGAGAUGGAGACCGAGUCAGAUGCAGAGGUAGCAUGUGACCUGAGCAAUAUGGCAAUCACCGAAGAGCUCCGCCAGUACUUUGCAGAGACAGAGAAGUACAGAGAAGAACUACUGCGGCGGCAACAGCUGGAUGCGGAGCGCCUGGACAGCUACGUGAACGCUGACCACGACCUGUACUGCAACACCCGCCGGUCGGUAGAGGCCCCAGCUGAGAGGCCUGUUGAGCGGCGCCAGGCCGAAAUGAAGCGUUUGUACUGGGACAGCGCCGCCAAGAUCCAGGCCAUGGAGGCUACCGUGCAGCUGAGCUUUGACAAGCACUGUGAUCCAAAGCAGCCUAAUUACUGGCCGGUCAUCCCCCUGAAGUUCUGAGCUCAGGGCACAGGGCACCCAGCCUCUUCCUCUUCCUCUUCCUUUUGGAUACGCGCUCUUCAUCUCUCCUUCUGUACAUUUCUCAGGGAAAGGGGACUUUGUACUGAGGUACAGGCAUGUUCACCACAGUCCCAGUGGGCCUGUCACGGGGUGGAUGUACUGUGCCAGCCACUUGGAGGUCGGCAGGACAUAUUCUGUUGCCAACAUGAUAAAUUUUAUCCUGACAUAAAAUGAUAAUUUUGUAUAUAUUAUACUGGUUUUUUAUGUUGUCGGUAACAGUUCAAUUCAUUAAAGUUCUUGCCUAGAGAAAAAAAAGAAUUCUAAAACAUGAA